UCGCGCUCUGAUGACGUCGUAGCGAGAGGAGGUGCGGGUUUGCCACGUCGGUCUCUGUGCAACGCACUUACACUGUUCCUCCUGAAGCCCAGAGCUAACUUUUAAAGCCGUCUAGUGUUUUGAACCGGAGACAAAGCGUCCACCCAGCGUUGCCGGUUCCGUCGAAGCCCGUGGCCGCAUCAGUGCAGCCGGGUAUAUUGAGGCUGGAAGGCGUAGAAAUGCUCGGUGCUCUCUGGACUCGCCAGGCUGGAAGCCACACAACUGACUGAUGCAUCCUUGUUCACUUCACCCCACCGUAUGUUGUCGAUGUUGUUGGCCUGGCUGUACAUGGUGGCUCAUUAAGGAGAACGAGAGGAGUCCCCGCGGCUGUUGGUUGGUGGGCGGCGUCCGUGGUUGCCACGGUAACGGGCGACCAUGCCAGGGGGUCGCAGGGGUCCCAGCAGACAGCAGCUAAGUCGCUCUGCUCUGCCGUCCCUGCAGACACUGGUUGGGGGCAACCUCGGCAAUGGUACAGGCCUCAGGAACAGGAGCAGUAACUCGGUGGGUCUGUCCGCCCCCCCUCUGUCGGCCCUCAUCACGCCGGAGCCUGUCCGUCACUCGAGGAUCCCCGAGCUACCGUUGGACAGCAGUCUACUAUUUGAGUUCCUGCUCUUUCUUUAUUUGCUGGUGGCCUUGUUUGUCCAGUACAUAAACAUCUACAGGACGGUCUGGUGGUACCCAUACAGCCACCCUGCUGCCUCUACCUCACUUAACUUUCAUCUAAUGGACUACCACCUGGCUAUCUUCAUCACAGUCAUGUUGGCCAGGAGGCUUGUUUGGACAAUUGUUUCAGAGGUGUCUCAGAGCAGCGGCGGAUCACUGCUCCGCUAUGUGGUUCUGAUCGCAGCUCGGCUCAGCCUGCUGACCAUGUGUGGCUGGGUGCUCUGCUGGACGCUGGUCAACCUCUGCAAGAACCACUCUGUGCUCAACCUGCUCUUCCUGGGAUACCCUUUCGGUGUGUACGUCCCACUUUGCUGUUUCCAUCAGGAGGGAGCCAAAAGCCAAACAGCACCAGCUGACUGCGAAUACCCAGCCGACCACCAGCAGACUGAACUCACGGAGACCCCUUUCUUUCGCCCACGCGACUUCCUCUUCCUGUUACGGGAGAACCUCAGAGAGCAGUUUUCCAGCCCCCCACACAUGCCAAUUCACACCUGCCCACCACACACUCACGCACACACGCCAGAGUUGAUUCGAGCAGAGGUAGAGGAGCUGAAGAGCGACUUCAACCGGCGAAUCAAGGAAGUGCUGUUCAACUCCCUGUUCAGUGCUUACUACGUAGCCUUUCUGCCCCUCUGCUUUGUCAAGAGCACUCAGUACUAUGACAUGCGCUGGUCCUGUGAGCACCUGAUCAUGGUGUGGAUCAAUGCAUUUGUGAUGCUGAUGAGUCAGCUGCUGCCCCCCAGCUACUGCGACCUGCUCCAUCGCUCGGCGGCUCACCUGGGCCGCUGGCAGAAACUGGAGCACGGCUCGUACAGCAACGCACCACAGCAUGUGUGGUCAGAAAGUACUAUUUGGCCUCAGGGGGUGUUGGUACGACACAGUAGAUGUCUUUAUAAGGCAGUCGGACCCUAUAAUGUCGCUCUGCCCUCCGAUGUGUCCCAUGCAAGAUUUUAUUUCCUGUUCCACAAGCCAUUGCGGAUCCUGAACCUGCUGAUCUGGAUUGAGUCCAGUGUGGUUUUGUACCAGUUAUACUCUCUGCUGCGUUCUGAGCGCUGGAACCACACUUUGUCUCUGGGCCUUAUUCUCUGCUGCAACUACUAUGUCCUUUUUAAACUGCUCCGAGACCGCAUUGUGCUGGGAAAAGCCUACUCCUACCCUCUGUCCUCCAGCAGUUUGGGGCUCAAGUCGCAGUAAAGGCUCUUCACAGUGAGAGCUCAGCUGCGAGCUCUGGAUGUGGAGAAGGCUGGAAGUCUGGUAGAAAGAGUGGAGGGGUGGAUUUAGUGCUAACGCUUGGAGGUUAAGGGACAGACUGUGAACUCAUAAUCGUGUUUUGAUACGGUUCUAUUUUUAAUGCAAUGUUUAUAUACCUAUUUAAAAAAAUAUAUUUUUAUUUUGUAUACUGUUUAAAGUUACACCGGGCAUUACCCGCCGACGACAUCGUCAUGUUGUGUUAUGUUGUUGCUAGGCGACAGGGAAGUCAGGGAAUGCCAGGAGGUAACUUUCACCAAAGAUAUUUUAAGUGCAGGUGGCCAAUCACGGAGCGGACUUGGCUUCUGACAGUCACUUCAACCAGACGAGGGGUUCAGAGCAGUGGAAGGAGUUUCCUGAGAUUCCUGAUUGAACUGUUGUUCUUCAGCUCUGAGGCUGGUGAGACUGGUGCAGGUCUUUGAGGUAACAUCAGCAGGGUGCGGACACGGUUGCUGCUCAGAGUGUUUUCACUGUUGAUUUUUAAGAUAAAGUUCAGCAUUUUGGGGAGUGCGCUUAUUGGCUUUCAUGUGGAGAGUUGAAUGAGAAGAUAGGAAGGAGGCCACAGCACUUGGACAGUCAGCUUAACAUUAGCACAGUGACUGUACCAAGCCUAGCCUAGUUCUGUCUAACGCUGAAAAAUCUACCUGCCACCACCUCCAAAACUCACUAAUUAAUAUGUUAGGUCUCCUUUGUUUAUUCAAACAAAAAUGACAGCUUGCCAUUUUACAGGGGGUUGUAGGUUGGACUGCUAUGUGGUUCUGUGCCGUCGCCAGACAGCCACUGAGACUGCAGUAAGUUACUGUGCCCGGCCAGUGGAAAUGGUCUGGCAUAUUGCUUCCUGCAAAAUGAACGGUAGCUGCGACUAAAACAAAGGAGAGGUAACAUGCCAAUUCAGGAACUUCAGAGGUUGACAAAUUUAUUUUAUUUUAAACCAAUGGGCAGAGCCAGGCUAGCUGGUCCCUCUUGUUACCAGUUAAGCUAACCGGCUGUCUGAGGUAGCUUCAUAUUUAAUGAAAAGACACGAGAGUGGUGUAGUCACAUGUUACUUGCUGCCGGAAAGCAAGUGCUUUUCCCAAAAUUUUGAACUUAUGCUUUACGCAGAGCCUCAGCUUGAAUUUUUACUGUUAAGUGAAAUAAUACUUUCCUCCAAACUGACUUGCAGAUCAGUCUGUGGGGAAAAACCCUUUAGGUACUCUCGUCCACUGCCUGUUCUACUCAUUCACUUUAUUACUGUAUCUGCUUGUUUCCCCUCAUCGGCCAUUUGGAAGGCAGUUACAGCACCAGCUUUUACAAAUGUACACCAGCAUGUCCACAAGUGAGAAGGGAUUGAGGUACAGUUGGCGUCCUGACAUUCAAAGCGCACCUAAAAAUGUCAAAAAACACGACUGACCCUGGGUGUGGUUACUUAAAAGUGCACAGUUUGAAGGUCUGCUGCUGUGACCAGGUGAUUUUUAAAGUUAAAAAAAUGAUGUCGAAUCACGCUGAAAAACUCCAGGAUUAAUUUGUCUUCUUAAAGGUCACCCACUCACUCUUUAUUUAAUUAAAUUUUUGUGGCUGAAUGUUUAAACCGUAAUGGGAUUGAGGACCACAUCACAUGAGGUCCAUCUCUUUGCAGACAGGAUGUGGAUAACAGAACAAAUGUGGCUAAUAAUAAAGAUUUAUGUAGGUACGUCCCAGCACUCCCCCCGCCCCAAAUAUAUCACUAACUGAAAAUACAUUAGCAGUGGUAAGCUCCCUAAUGGAUUUGGUAGCAGAGGGUGUUCUAAUGAAGUUUUCAUGGGAGAUAAAAAUCAAAAAGUGGAGACGGUUUAACGGGGGCGAGGAAAGAUGAUGUGUGUGUUACCUUCACGUAUUCUCAGUUACCAGAAUGUCAUUACAAACAGGCUGCCUUGCAUUGUCAUCUUGUCUGUUGAGCCACACUUGUUGAACAUCCUCAUAAUCUCAGUUACGUUCCUCUUUAUGAGCCUCUUCUCCUUCCCCGGCUCUAAUCUGCAGUCACUGCAUAACUUCUGGGCAAUAUUAAUUACUGUUGUCGGACUGAUCAGCUGUCCAUUGUUCAGUAAUUCCACAGUGACAGCUUCGGCCAGGUUUCAGGCUGAGUGUAAACAAGGUGGAGGAAAGUAUGAUGAGAUGAAGAUGAAUCAGAGAUGAAUCAGUGUGCACAUCUGGAUCACAGGUGCUGCUCUGUGCCUCAGUGUGAAAAAUCUUUGAUAAUGAGCAAAUACCGCGUGUGCCCAUUAUUUUGCUUUGUCUGCCAGCUUGGCUCUAAAGUCAGCUCCUUGGUGCUUAUCUUUUUUGCUUUUUGUUUUGUUUUUUUUCCAUCAGUUUCCACCUGAAUGUAGCAGAUUUUUCAACUGAAUGUUGCUGGAGAUUUGAACUGGCAUGCAUUUGUAGUUGGGAGCACCAUCCUUCCCCUGAGCACCACCACUGACAUUUCAGUUUCUUGUGGGUGUACUGUAAACUUCACCCAGUAAAAGGAGAGCUUCAGACUACUGGUUGAACCUGUUGUUGAAUGUCUCAGAGCUGGAGAAGUCAUAGGAGCUGGUCCUCAUAGUUCGGCUUUUUUCAGUAUUCAGUUUCCCCUACAGCAUCUCUGAAAAUGCUUUUUGACAUCUGAAAUAAAACCAACGGUGUUUCAACACU